AUGUCGUCUAGAUACUCCCAGCAUCAGCAUCACGAAAGGUCAAACAGCCUUUAUGGACCAUACCCUGACCUAUCGUCUUCCAAUGAGCCUACGCAGGCGUACGGCUCGCGCGGCGAUCGGAGGAGUAUAAGAUCGUCUCAGUCAAUGCAAUACCAACAAAUGGAUCGAAUGUUACCACGUGGGUCUCAAUUCGAGGACAAGGACGUCAAAGUGACGAAGGCUUUUACCCGUUGGCUAGGAAAGCACAAAGCUAAGAAUGCUACGACCACCGAGAGGCUUCGCAUAAGUGAGCCCCGUGCUACAUCAUUACCGCAAGCUCCGUUGCGCCCUAAGCGUUCGAUUAAUGAGCAACCGCUACUGCCAACAGGCAGCUCUCGGAUAUUGCCCGAGCUUCAAUCAUCGAAGCCGCCUCUAAAGAAUCCAACUAUUCAAAAGAAAAAUCUCGGUAAAUAUCAAGAUGCACUAGGCUCCUACCCAGUCGGCGCUUGGCUCGAUGAUUCGGAAAAGACGCUCCCCCCUGGACAGAUAUUGUUGGGGUCUUCAUCCGAAGAUAGUGAAGACGAGGCUCCUCCACGAAAUGUUAAAUCUAGACUGUCAUUUCGUGCUACCUCAAGCUCGACUUUCCCCGAGCCUGAACCGACACAUAACAUCAAGCCCAGUAUGUCAGCGGAUGUCAGAGCUGAGCGACGGAAAGGGCGAAUAUUCUUAAACAACGAUCCCGCUAGAAGCCUUUAUGAAUUCCCUGAUCCGGAAGCUUGGAGUAACGACGAUGAUGAUGAAAGCGACGAUGACGACCAAUUCUGGGAUGACGCUGGUUUUGAUGAUGGUAGCUUUGACGAUGCCUGUUUUGAGGAGGCUGUUUUUGAAAGUAUGGGUGAGCAAUAUCCCGCUGACAGUUCCAUCCCAGAGAUCAUAAUUGAAAGUCCGAGUGACGAAGAAAGUGAGUCGAAGAGACGUAUGAGUUCCGAGGACAUGCUGAAACCCGACGACGUCUAUAAGGUUCUUUUGAAGCAGCAGACCAAGGAAACACGGUUCUUAAAUGAAACCCAACGUUAUCUAUUACCUCUUGCUUGGUUGGUGGCAGAGGCUGAAAGGAUAGAUGUAAAUGACUUGCCUGCGCUGGAGGGGGCUUUAAAGUCUAUCAUUGCGGACCGCCAGAAGCUCAUUGACCUCUUCCCCCUGGCAAAGAUAUUGGCCAAGGAUCAAAAGGUUGAUGUUAACGACUUCAAAGCAUUCCCUCGGAUGUUGAAACAUAUCAUAGCGGACCGCGAUAAUUCUAAAAGGCUAGCCGAGUACCACAGAAUAGCAAGAAGAAAGCUCGAAUCCAGAGUCGCGCAGUUGGAGAUGGAGAGAUGUGGCGAAAGCCCGGAUGAUGAGGAGUAUAUCCGGAACUGA